AUGGCAAUUACAUUCCUUUUAGUAAUUAUAUUCUUAGUUGCAUUGUUGUUUAUGGCACCAAAAUUUAUCACAAAAAUAAUGAGACAACCUCGUUAACAGGAGUAAACUAAUAGUAAAUAGUCACAAAUGCAAAUUUUGAAUUAAUUAUUUGAUUAAAAAGCCAAUUAAAACUCAAAGAGUAGAGGAUGUGUCACUUUAAGAGGAGAAAUAUUUAAUGAAGAGUAACAAGAGAUUAUAUCGUAAUUGGCAUCAAUAUGUGAUGUGAUAUGCUUGAGUAGAACAGACUAAACUAAUCUGCCAAAAGGUGUACAUCAUUUACCAUUUUAAACAGAUGUUGGAUGCAGUGCUAUAGUAAGAUCGCUCAAACCUAAACUACAUAUUGAUGAUUAAUAAUAUGAAAAUUUACAUAAUUUUGUUAAAAUAGUACCAUGGUCAAUGA